AUAAGGACUUUAUUGAUACAUCGUCAUGAUAACGACAUGUGUAUGGUAUGUUUUAACAUGAGCAAGCACAUCCAGGUUUGGCAACAGCUUGUUUAAACAGAAAUACAUAUUUAUUGAAUUUUUUCACAGAUCAAUUCAUAGUUUUAACAAUAAAGUUAAUUUUGAUACUCCAUUUGCAAGCAAACUAUAAAAUGUUACUGAUCAGACCCGCAGAAGAGUCAAGUCUCUUUGUAUCCAAACCAGAAUGCGCAAUAUCGGAUGUUUCCCGGCGACAACAGAAGCAGCGAACGUCCCCAUGGUUUUGCACGAGCCGGGAAUUUUGGCGCGAUACAGGCCUAUCAAUCAGCCUUGGCGGUACUAUUUCUGCAGCCUCUUCCAACUUCAUAACGAGACUGUCAAUGUCUGGACUCAUCUCAUCGGCACCGUCGUACUGUGGACGGUCCUUGAAAACUAUUCCGACAGAUAUGAUAUUUGGAACAGUAACAGGCCAUUGUUGAUUUUCGGCGUUUGCGCUAUGACCAACAAUCUCUGUAGUUCUGUUGUACACCUGGUUCAUUCAAAAUCGCCGACUGUCCAUUACCACGCCAUACUGAUAGAUUACAUUGGUGUAGCUGUCUAUUCAUUCGGUACUGGUAUUAUGACGUUUUACUCUAACUCCGACCGACAACUAUACGAUAUUCUCCAGAAUUAUUACAUGCCAUUUUUGGUUGUCGUGACGUGGAUCAAUUUCACUUGUGUUUCCACAGCAAAAGUCGUAUGUGGUGAAGAUCCGUAUUCUAUCAAAAGAAAGGUUCUUCAGGUGGGAUCAAUGUCACUUCAAGCUGUUCUUGUUAUUUUGCCGUUUGCCCCAAGGUACUGGCACUGUUAUGGGAACAAUGUGUGCUCCAUGUCUUCUUUAAAUCAUUUAACAGUUUGCAUUGUUUUCUUUGCAUUGGAGGCUUUUUUCUUCGGUUGCCAUCUCCCUGAAAAAUUGUUUCCCGGGAAAUGUGACAUCAUAGGUCAAGGACAUCAUUUUUUUCAUGUCCUAGUAACGACCAAUCAGAUCGCACAGCUCCAUGCAAUAGUUGUAGACUUUGAAGAUGGCAUGUCGGAACACUGUCAGCUCGACAUAAUCACUUUGUGGAGCUGUCUAGGUGUAUUAAUGUCAGCUAUAUUAGUAACUUUUAUAUUUUUGCGUCAACUUAUCCCUAAAGAUCCAAGAAAGCAGAAUUGAUUCCAGAGUGAUGUUCGUUUUUGAUACCGGUGUAAUCAUAGUUGUGAUGUUGAAAAACUGUAUCAGUGAAAAUGGGCGUUGGUCCACGGGCACCUGUUUCUUAUCAAAAAUCUAUACAG